AUGGGACAUAUACUGCAUGUUUGCAUCAUCCCACAGAGUGACUGGACACCACUGCACAAUGCCUGCAUUAAGGGUCAUGUCAAGGUGGUGGAGAUGCUGUUGAAGCACGGUGCUGAUGCUAAAGCCAAGAGCAAGGUCAGUGCAGUACCUAACCCUCUUCCCCUUUACCCCCCCUAUGUUGGUGCACCUGUACCCCAUGAUGAUGGUGAUGAUGAUGAUGAUGAUGAUGAUGAUGAUGAUGCUGUACCUCUUGGCUAUACACCACUGCACAAUGCCUGCUAUAACGGUCAGGUCAAGGUGGUGGAGAUGCUGUUGAAGCUCGGUGUUGAUGCUAAAGCCAAGACCAACCUUGGCUAUACACCACUGCACGAUGCCUGCGGUAGCGGUCAUGUCAAGGUGGUGGAGAUGCUGUUGAAGCUCGGUGUUAAUGCUAAAGCCAAGCACAACGAUGGCGAUACACCACUGCACUAUGCCUGCAAAAACGGUCAUGUCAAGGUGGUGGAGAUGCUGUUAAAGCACGAUGUUGAUACUGAAGCCAAUAACCACGAUGGCUGGACACCACUGCACUAUGCCGGCGCUUACGGUCAUAACAAGGUGGCGGAGAUACUGUUGAAGCACGGCGCUGAAACUGAAGCCAAGAACAACCGCGGCACCACGCCGCUGCAACUAGCCUGCACUGCCUCAUCUGCCAGCCGAAAGGUUGUCCAGCAACUCUUGCGUCACGGUGCCGACCCAGAUGCGAGAGAUCUUACUGGUGCACGACUCUUGGAUCUGCUUCUAGACAGGGAUCCCAUCAAACUGGAGGUCAUCACAGAGCUACUGGGCGCAACACAAACCCUUUGCUCCUACCAAACUUCAAAUUCCGAUGAUUUACAAACCCUUGGUGACUGCGUGGCCGCUCUAACGUCCGCCGCUCAAAAUACACCUACGAAUUGA